ACUCGAUAACGGUAGAGGGAGCGCUCGCCUGAACAUGUUCAGGCAUUUGCACGAAGUGAAAAGUGGUAGGACGUCCUCGCUCAGCCACGAGAUACUCGGCUUCGAUGCUCAGGGUAAUGUCGUCAACUACGGUUGUUCCGAGCUGAUGACAGCGGAGCGCAUCGGAGAGAGGAGCGCCAAGCUGGUGUCUUUCCUGAACCUGGCGGGCCACAGCAAGUACCAACGCACCACGCUCCACGGGCUCACGGGUUACUCCCCGCACUACGCCAUGCUCGUUAUUUCGGCAACAGCCGGUAUAACUCGCAUCACAGAAGAACACAUCGGUCUUCUGCUGGCUUUGGACAUGCCGUUCUUCGCAGUCAUCAACAAAUGUGAACUGGUUAGCAACAUCAAUGCUGUUGUAGCGAGGCUGACUCAAUUGUUGGAACCCGCUAAUAAGAAACCGCUGUUAAUAACUGACGAGAAUAUGGCAAGGAACUGCGUUGCGCCGCAAAAGUCGAUACUGGACAACAUAGACAAUCUAGACGAGGAAAUCAAAAAGGAUGAGGAGGUGGCCGUGUUCCCGGUAAGCUGCGUGCGCGGCGCCGGCCUCAACGCGCUGCACGCGUGCCUGCUGGCGCUGGCUCCGCGCCGCGACCUGCACCGCCCCGAGGACUUGAGUGAACCAUAUGUUGCGCAGUUGACUAGUAUCCUUUUUAUUAAAUUAUAAAUGUUAUAAUUUAUGUCACUUUACAGGAGGCGUGCGAGUUUCAAAUAGACGAAAUUUUCCACGUAGGGUACUCGACGGGGCCCGUCGUGGGGGGACUGCUCGCGCGAGGGCGACUCUACGAGGGCGACGAAAUUAUCAUAGGACCUCUGGAGUCCGGCGAGUUCGCGGAGAUAUCCGUGCGCACGAUAUACCGCAACCGCGUCCCGUGCGGCAGCGUGCGCGCGGGACAGUCGGCGUCGCUGGGCCUGGGGCGCUUUCCGCCGGGACUGCGGCAGGGCAUGUUGCUGCUAGCGCGGCCGGGGGGCUACGCCGCGGGACUAUCAGAACUAGUCCACUCGUCGCAAG